CAACGGGUGGCGGGUAUCCCCCUGCGCGAGGGGAAGCGAGUCGUAAAAUCGUCCGGGCGAAUAGACCGACGGACGGAACUGCCAGCGGUGCGGUGUCAUAUGAAGCCGAGCUACGGAGCGGCGCGUUAGGCGAUCGGCGGUCCCGCUUCCGCGGGACGAGCGCGUGGGCCUACCACGAGGAGAGCGCGAAUGAUCGAUCCGACAGUUCGGUGAGUGAGCCAAGUGUCGCGGAAGUGAGCGCCGGGCGGCAGGAAGGACGGAAGAACGGAAAGGUAUCCUAACACGGGGGAGAGGGGAAGACGGACAGCGAUCCGGCUUCCGAGUGCACGCGUACUCGUCGGCGCGAGGGAUCCCAGAAAAUGGGUCAACCCAACCCAACGACGGCCGUUUUCUCGCGCGAGUCACUCGGUGGCCUAGUUUCACCGGGGGUGAGCAAAUAAAAAGAGCCGCGACGUCCCCCUUUUCCGCCACCCUCCGAUUGCCGCUACCACCACCGACACCACCACCACCACCACCAUCGCCGCCGCCGCGAGACGGCGGCGACGUUGUUACACGCGUCCUCGUCGUCGCGGCCGUCUCGACGACGACGACGACGACGACGACGACGACGACGACGACGACGCCGCUGAUCGCGAGAAUCGGUGUCUUUCGUCUGUCACGGGGAAACGAAUUAUGGACUGCCGCGGACCGCCUCCAGCUGGCCUUCGGCUGGCGAGAGUCCAUCGAUUAACUCGCCGCACCGACGACGUCGCGAUACGGCAUUAGAUACGGCGGCUGACAGCCGUGUCGCUGCGGGGGCUGAAAUCGCCGAGGUGAGAGAGAAGCCCUUAUAGGUACAGCAGAGCGUUUGAUUCGAGUGAAUCGGAUGAUGGUGCUUCUAGUACGACCGUUUCGAUUGCUCCGCAGUCGAUUACGCUGCAGUGCGAUUAACUGAAGUCGAUCGUAGUAAUCACGUUGAUGAUCAGGAGCUGCGAUCAUCCCGACGCAUUUCGAUCCGUAUCAAUUACCGUAUCAAUAAUUUGAAACAUCGGCCAGAGGGGAGAGGGUCGUCUUCUCUCGGAAGAGAGACUGGGAAUAAUUAAUUACAAUUCGCCACGUAAUUACUAUGUUGCCAGCGUUAUCGCGUCAAACUUCGUUUUACAGCCGUCGAAAUGGCUCUCCACAGUUCGAUCGCGCUCCCGAGGGAAAAGCGAAAGAUCGAGCAAUGUUGCCUCGGUGAAAUUUCCCAGGUGUUCAUUCCUAUGUUACCGUAAAUCAUUUUAGAAGAUCAAGAAGAGAGCUAGGGAACGAGUGCUUCUGCUGAUGGUGCUUCCGCAAUUGGAUUAGUGUCACGUAGAUCCGGAAGGCCGCUACCUCGGACAUCCUGAAAAUGGCGUCCAGCAAACCGCCGGAGAUGAACUACACGUGCGAGAUCUGCGGCCUGGAGGGAUUCAACGACGAGGAGAUGCGCUCGCACAUGGUGCAGUACCAUCUCCAGGGCGCCGCCAACUGCCCGUUUUGCGACCUCGGCGAGAUCUCGCCCACGGAGAUGCUGGUCCAUGUUAACAGCGCUCACCUGGACUAUCUAACUCCGAGCACUCCGGAGAAUGAUAUGAUGGCGUUCAUCGACGACGACUCGCUGCUGGACGAGCACAGACGCGACGAGUGCCGGGCGCUCUCGCCGUCCAUGUCCCUGCGACCACCUCAUCUGCAGAAUGGCUGGGGCAGCUCUCUGGGGCAGCACGUUAAGCAACAACAGCAGCAGCAGCAUCAACAACAGCAACAACAACAGCAACAACAACAGCAGUCGUCGAGGAAACCGGACGUCCAAGUGGCAAAUCCCAACGUGAAUAAUAAUAACAACAAUAACAACAGUAACAAUGCCAAUGCCGUGUUGGAGGGUGCAGCGGGUCAAGGUUCACCGCUGCGUUCAGGCCUAAAUCUACAAUUGCGCUCGCACGCUUCCCCGAAACUUCCAGUGCAGGAGUGUCCAAUGUGCCCCUACAGUUCCGACAGUCCGUUGAGGCUGGAAGAGCAUAUCAAUCGCCAACAUUUUGAUCUCACCUCGCCGUCCUUCCCGCCGGAGUCACCGCCGUCGCGGGAUGGAGUCUUCAACUGCCCCCUUUGCGUUACGUCUUUUCCAAAUUCUUCUGACCUUGAGUUACAUGUCAAUAUCGAGCACAAAGAUAUACUUAGCCCUGCAAAUGGAACAAGCUCACAAUCCGAUACAGCUACCAUCGGUAGUGACUCAACGCCUGCCUGUCCAGUAUGUCUUAGCACAUUAUUUAAAAAUAAUGACGACCUAAUGGCACACAUCGAAGAACACUUUAGCAAAAAGAGCACGCCGUCGCCCAUGACGCCGGACGUGUCGACCGAUCGUAUGCUAGCGAAGGACAUGGAGAGGAGAGAAAAGGAAGUGAGAAAACUGCGCGAACAGCGUGAAUUCGAGAUGCUGAGGGCGCAGUACGGUAUGGAUAAUCAGGGUAACUUUAGAGAACAGAGCGUCACCAAUAUGCAGCGGGCUGUGUAUGCAGGCGAAAUGACGGUAGCCGAUUUCUUUGAGAGGCAAAUCGAGCUCAGAGUCGCCGAGAGUAGCGGUAUCGACGAUGGCAGUUCUUGUACGCGCGGGCUGGUCCCAAAAGUACGAGCCAUUAGUCAGGCUUGCAGUAACGUAGUGAAUACCUGGAUGUGUUCCACUGUGGACCAUUACGCGUCGACUUACGGCGAUAAGGGGUGGGGCUGUGGAUACAGAAACAUGCAAAUGUUAAUCUCGUCUCUCUUGCAGCACACAGGAUAUAACGAUCUGGUUUACAAAGCUUGGAGUUCUGGAGCCGGCGGUAACAGCUCUACGGAGAAUCCCCAGCGCAGCUCCAUGCCAUCGAUCUCGAGACUGCAGAAGAUGAUCGAAUGGGCGUGGGCGCAGGGCUUUGAUAUCCAGGGCGCGGAACAGCUCGGUGGUAAACUCGUUAACACUAGGAAGUGGAUCGGCGCCACGGAAGUAUUCACGCUGCUGUCUAGUUUGAGGAUAAAGUGUCAGCUGGUGGACUUUCAUAAACCUACUAGCGCAGACGGCGGCCAUCCCGAGUUGUUCAAUUGGGUCCUACAAUACUUUCAACGUUGUGAAGAGUUCAAGCCACCUCUUUAUCUUCAACAUCAAGGGCACAGCAGAACGAUAAUGGGCGUGGAGCAGAUAAGGGAUGGUUCGAUAACCAUGCUGGUACUGGAUCCGAGUCAUAGUCCAGCGCAAAUGACACAUUUUAAUAGUACGAGUAGCGCGCCUGGCGCAAUGAGGCUCGUACGGAAAUCUACUGCGGCCAUGAAGGCUAGACAGUAUCAAGUUGUGGCUGUAACCGGUACUAUGGAUAUAGAAGCGCAGUAUCAGCAAAGUAAAGUAUUACGAUCAAUACGAAUUCCUGAAGACAGGUGAGAGUUGCUGGUCCGAAAAAUGAUCAAGCCUCGAGCGAAGACUAUAGACUACUGCCUCAAACCAAUCUUAUCUGACAUCUUUGAAGUUACGUGACCGCGAUGUCCUAUGUUCUUUUACAGCUAGCAGACUUAUUCCAUUGUAGUACAUAUAGAUUGCAGAUCAUAUUAUUUAACAAUAUAUUCUUGCAUCUCUCUAGCCGUUAACAAUGGACUGACUUCUCGAAUCUUUCCGCGCGAAGCCUGUGACGCGGUGAACAAUUUUGCGGAGCUAGUAUUUAAAUAUCAAAAGAAGGCUCUUUGUCGCGUCGUUGUAAACAAGUACGUUAUUCCUGAACGGAGAAAGUUCUUAAUCUUAAAUAAAAAAAUUUGUCAUACUAAGUGCGUGUAAAUUUUUGCGAAGAAGAUUAUCAGAUCGAGACAAAUGGGGCGUGAAAAGAUAGUGUUAAAUCAACCGUCAUUUCUUGUCCAAAAUGUUCUGCUCAAUUUUCGUCGCACCGAACAGGCUGUGCUAACCCUAGUCGACCAAUCGUCUUGUAUCGAUCGGUUGCAUCAUCGAAAAAGCCGUGGCAGAGCUUGGAAACCGAGACUUUUUCGUAGCUGUGAUGCUGUUAUCAAUAUACGACGCUAAUCACUCAUAUACGUCUGACGGACGCACUCUUGGAAACGCUCCAGAAUCACAACACGGUAUUCCCAGCACUUGUCUCGUUCCACAUCUUACAAUCUGUGACAAAGAUUUCCAUCAAAGCGUUGUCGACUUUUAGUCAAUAUAAAAAGUGCCGAGAGCCGUACGGUGUAUACCUUACGACAAAUUUUAUAUAACAAUAUGAAAGAUAUUCUUUGACGCAUUUUGAUUGCUAAAACGCUUCUACAAAGGAAUCUGGAGUGUCUGCAAAAGUGACCAAAAAAAUCGCAUUUUCAUAUAUUAUAUAUAUUAUAUACUAUAUAUACAUAUACACACAUGUACACACACACAUACACAUAUAUUACACAUCUGCACACUCUUCGUUAUAUCGUAUUUCACUUGCCCACACAUGAAGUACAACUACUUUCAUAUUAAUUAUAAAUAUUCUAUUUAAUUAUCCAAUCUUUAGGCUACUUAUGUCUUAGCUCGUAAGUUCAACGCAAUGCUGUGAAUGAGAGAAUAGAUGAAAAAAGUCCAUUUACUUGUUACUUAUAUUAUACACUUGAUGAUUAUGUGAGUUAGUGAAUUCUUAUUAUUACUCUUAUCAUAUUUCAUAAAUUGUACUGAUAUAUCUAAGAUCUAUUUAUUAUAGUUAAAGAUAUAUUUGCGACACUCUAUGAGGCAUUGCCUCGUGGAAACGUCGCGUCGCGUUGUUUUAUAGCUUCGAUAUUUAUGGUGCACCAGUCAAAUGUAAGUUUGUCUUUCAGCCCAGUAGGACCACAUUGCAAUAACAUUAUUGACUGGCUGUAAAAAAAAAACUAUCGAAAAUGAUAAAUUACAAUUAUAGUACCGAAGAUUUCACCAUGUAUCGAUUUAAGAAUCUGUUCAUUAUUUGGAGUGUUCAGGGAAACCAAGCUGUGGAAUUGUUAUGCAAGAGUAAAACCUUCGCAUUAUAGCCACACAUCAAAUUAAAAUAUAUGCUUUGUUAGAAUUCCCAA